AGACAUGGUAUCACCUGCUACAAAACUACUUUUAAUGUUGUAUUUAGUUGGAGGAAAAGUUGGUUCUGCUGCUGCUCUGGAUACAUGUGCUUUCUUGGGAGAAGAGGAAGAGAACAGCCUUUAUGAAGAUGGAGAUGUAGUUAUAGGGGGUUUAUUUCCUCUCCAUUACAGCCCCGUCUCCUCUCUUUUGACAUUUAAAACGAAACCAAAACCAAAUACAUAUAAUUACUUCAGCUCUCGUGCUUUGCGCUGGAUGCAGACCAUGGCUUUUGCAGUCAAAGAGAUUAACCAGCGUAGUGAUCUCCUGCCACAACUGAAACUGGGUUUCCACAUCCGUGACAGCUGUGAUGACAUACCUGUUUCAUUGAGAGCAUCCUUUGUGUUGGUCAAUGGAAAGCCAGAAAGAAGCUUCAGAACUGGAAGUGUGAAGAGCAGUGAUUUAAGCUGUGCUGCUGUGAACAGGAAUGUGUCAUCAGUGGUCAUAGGAGAUGCUGGUUCUGGAGUAUCUAUGGCUAUCUUACAAAGUCUGGGCUCUUUCUAUAUUCCACUGGUGAGCUAUUUCGCGUCCUGCAGCUGUCUGAGUAACCAAAAGCAGUUUCCCACCUUCAUGCGCACAAUGCCUAGUGACUCCUUCCAGAUAAAAGCUCUGGCUCAGCUGGUCAGCUACUUUGGCUGGACUUGGGUGGGAGUUAUUGGUGUGGAAUCUGAUUACGCUCGCUUCGCCAUCCAGCUUUUCCUCCAAGAAUCUGUGCACUUCAGCGUGUGUGCUGCCUACACACAUUUCUACCCAGUAGGGCUCAGCCAGUUUGACCUCGACAAGCUUCUAAUGGUUAUUCAGAUGUCAUCUUCAAAGGUCAUCAUUAACUUUUCUGGUGAGGCAGAGAUACAGGUCAUUCUAAGAGAAAUCCAACGUCAAAACUUAACUGGUUUUCAGUGGAUCGCCAGCGAGGCAUGGGCAACUUCCAAGUCGCUUUGGGAAAAGACUGGAAAUCUGUUAAUGGGAACACUAGGGUUUGCCAUACAGAGGGUUGCUGUAAUUCCUGAGUUGCAGCAACAUCUCUUGAAUCUCACACCGUCGUCCAUUUAUAAAGUAGCUUUCUUGGCAGAAUUUUGGGAAGAUACAUUUAACUGUCGACUAAACGGGUCAAUGAAUACCCACUAUCAUGGAAAGGAAAAAUACCCCUACAGCGCAACAUGUGAAGGGACAGAGGAUUUAAAUGAUAUUUACUCUCCGUACUCUGACGUGACACAACUAAGAGUUUCCUAUAACGUCUACAAGGCUGUAUAUCUGGUGGCUCAUGCCUUGCAUGACAUGAGUGAUUGCAAAGAUGGAUGGGGGCCUUUCUUGAAUAAGACAUGUGCAGACCCAAUACAAUUUAAACCUUGGCAGCUCCUCUACUACAUGAAGCAUACAAAUUUUUCUGUGCUGGGGGAGAAAGUCAACUUUGAUCAAAAUGGUGAUCCCAUUGCUUAUUAUGAUCUCAUGAACUGGCAGAGAGGAUCAGAUGGCUCUCUGAAUUUGGUGAAAGUAGGUUUCUAUGAUGCUUCAUUGCCCGGUGGACACAACUUGGUCAUUAAUGACUCAAUGAUCAUGUGGCCUGCAGGGAAGCAGGCGAUCCAGUCUGUGUGCAGUCAAAGCUGUCCAUCAGGUUUUCGUGUUGCCAGGAGAAAGAGGGAACCGAUCUGCUGUUAUGACUGUGUACCUUGUGCUGAAGGAGAAGUUAGUAAUAAAACUGAUUCGGUAGAGUGCUCACGCUGUUCAAGGAACACGUGGCCCAACAAAGCCAGAGACCAUUGCAUCCCAAAGACAAUUGAAUAUCUCUCUUACUAUGAAUUUAUGGGUAUCCUGGUGUGUGUUGUCUCUGUCCUUGGCGCUUGCAUUUCCCUUGUAAUUAUUGUCAUAUUCUGCAUAUACAAAGACACACCUCUAGUUCGAGCAAACAACAUGGAAUUGAGCUUCCUUCUCUUGGUGUUUCUCACUAUCUGUUUCCUUGUUGGCCUGCUAUUCCUUGGUAAGCCUUCAGACUGGCUCUGCCGUGUCAGGUACCCAGCAUUUGGGAUCAGUUUUGCUUUCUGCAUCUCAUGCCUCCUGGCCAAGACAGCAGUGGUCCUAAUGGCUUUUAGGUCCAGAUUGCCAGGAAGUAAUGUCAUGAAAUGGUUUGGAUCCAAACAGCAGAGAGCCAGUGUGCUACUAGGAACAGCUGUCCAGGUAUUGAUCUGUCUCAUUUGGCUACUCAUUAAUCCACCUCAUGCCAAUCAGAAUACAGAUUACCACAGCGCCAUAAUCAUCAUUGAAUGUGUGACGGGUUCAGAUGUUGGCUUCUGGCUUGUUCUUGGAUACAUCAGCCUCCUGGCUUGCAUGUGCCUCAUAAUGGCGUUUUUGGCUAGAGAACUACCUGACAACUUCAACGAGGCUAAAUUAAUCACUUUCAGCAUACUGAUUUUUUUUGCAGUGUGGAUCACUUUUAUACCAGUUUACAUAGGCACAGCUGGAAAAUACACAGUAGCUGUCCAUGCUUUUGCAAUUUUAGCAUCAGCUCUUGGCCUACUAUUUUGUAUUUUUGCCCCUAAGUGCUAUAUAAUUUUGCUAAAACCAGAAAAAAACAGUAAGAAUCAAAUAAUGCAAAGGUAG